ACUCAUUAUACAAUGACAAAUGGAGGAAGUAUCAACAGUUCAACACAUUUGUUGGACCUUCUGGAUGAACCGAUUCCUGGAGUAGGAACGUAUGAUGAUUUCCAUACCAUUGACUGGGUUCGAGAGAAGUGCAAAGACAGAGAAAGGCAUAGACGGAUUAACAGCAGGAAGAAGGAGUCAGCAUGGGAGAUGACCAAAAGUUUGUAUGAUGCAUGGUCAGGAUGGCUAGUAGUUACGCUGACUGGUCUGGCAUCAGGGGCGUUGGCAGGAUUAAUAGACAUUGCUGCUGAUUGGAUGACGGACUUAAAGGAAGGCAUUUGCCUUAGUGCUUUGUGGUUUAACCAUGAACAGUGUUGUUGGGGCUCAAAUGAGACCACGUUUGAGGAGAGAGACAAAUGUCCCCAAUGGAAAACAUGGGCAGAACUAAUAAUUGGUCAAGCAGAAGGUCCAGGCUCAUACAUAAUGAACUACAUAAUGUACAUUUUCUGGGCUUUGAGCUUUGCUUUCUUAGCAGUUUCUCUGGUGAAGGUGUUUGCUCCCUAUGCCUGUGGCUCCGGGAUACCUGAGAUAAAAACCAUUUUGAGUGGCUUCAUCAUCAGAGGUUACUUGGGGAAGUGGACUUUGAUGAUAAAAACCAUCACAUUAGUUUUGGCUGUAGCGUCAGGUUUGAGCUUAGGAAAAGAGGGUCCUUUGGUGCACGUUGCCUGCUGCUGUGGGAAUAUUUUUUCUUACCUCUUUCCAAAGUACAGCACAAAUGAAGCUAAAAAAAGAGAGGUGUUGUCAGCUGCCUCAGCAGCGGGAGUGUCUGUGGCCUUUGGUGCCCCAAUUGGUGGAGUCCUUUUCAGUCUGGAGGAGGUCAGUUAUUAUUUCCCACUGAAAACUUUGUGGAGAUCAUUUUUUGCUGCUUUAGUGGCUGCAUUUGUUCUGAGGUCCAUCAAUCCUUUUGGUAAUAGCCGUCUAGUACUUUUUUAUGUGGAAUACCACACUCCUUGGUACCUUUUUGAACUGCUUCCUUUUAUUCUUCUGGGAGUAUUUGGUGGGCUCUGGGGAGCAUUUUUCAUCCGAGCAAACAUUGCAUGGUGCCGCCGACGCAAAUCUACAAAAUUUGGGAAGUAUCCUGUCCUGGAGGUUAUUAUUGUUGCAGCUAUAACGGCCGUCAUUGCGUUUCCAAAUCCCUACAGGCUGAACACCAGUGAGCUCAUUAAAGAGCUCUUCACAGACUGCGGGCCCUUGGAAUCCUCCUCCCUCUGUGACUACAGAAAUGAUAUGAACGCAAGCAAAAUAGUAGAUGAUAUUCCUGACCGUCCAGCAGGCACUGGAGUCUAUUCAGCUAUAUGGCAGUUGUGUUUAGCACUCAUAUUCAAAAUAAUUAUGACAGUCUUCACUUUUGGUAUCAAGGUUCCAUCUGGGCUGUUCAUACCUAGCAUGGCAAUCGGAGCGAUAGCAGGAAGGAUCGUGGGGAUUGCAGUGGAGCAGCUGGCCUAUUACCAUCACGACUGGUUCAUCUUCAAGGAGUGGUGUGAAGUUGGAGCUGACUGUAUUACGCCUGGCCUUUAUGCCAUGGUUGGUGCUGCUGCAUGCUUAGGUGGGGUGACAAGGAUGACUGUGUCCCUGGUAGUUAUUGUUUUUGAACUAACAGGAGGGCUAGUGGCUGCUGAUGUCAUGAGACCUCGAAGAAGUGAUCCACCUUUGGCAGUUCUGACACAGGAUAAUAUGACCGUUGAAGAUAUAGAAAACUUGAUAAAUGAAACCAGCUAUAAUGGUUUUCCUGUCAUUAUGUCAAAAGAAUCACAGAGACUAGUGGGCUUUGCUCUAAGAAGGGAUUUAACUAUUGCAAUAGAAAGUGCUAGAAAGAAGCAGGAGGGCAUUGUGGGCAGUUCCAGGGUCUGUUUUGCCCAGCAUACCCCAUCGCUUCCAGCAGAGAGCCCUCGGCCCUUGAAGCUUAGAAGCAUUCUUGAUAUGAGCCCCUUCACCGUGACAGACCACACACCCAUGGAAAUCGUGGUGGACAUUUUCCGGAAGCUGGGUCUGAGGCAGUGCCUUGUAACACACAACGGGCGCCUCCUUGGCAUUAUAACAAAAAAAGAUAUCCUCCGGCAUAUGGCCCAGACGGCAAACCAAGACCCCGCCUCAAUAAUGUUCAACUGAAGCCCAUAGCUGAGGAGAGAGAGGAGACGGAAGAGGAGGUUCAUUUGUUGAAUAG